AUGGCAUACAUCCUAAAGACACUCAACAGCUGGUUCUGGUGGGAGAAUAUCUGGAUGCCCAUCAACUGCACAUGGGCAGAUUUUGUGGACCGUGAGGGACUCGUGUUUCCCAAACCCCAUCAGCUGUACGCCACAAUCCCGUACGCUUUUGUGCUGCUCAUCAUCCGCUUCUUCAGUGAGAGGUAUGUUGCUAUACCUUUAGCAAAAGCCUUGGGUAUAAAGAAUGUAAGACGUGUGAAGCCACAGCCUAAUCCUGUGCUAGAGAGUUAUUUCCGGGAGUGCUCAAGACAACCAUCCCAAUCAGAGAUCAAAGGCCUUGCCAAGAAGUGCAACUGCACCGUCCACUUGGUGGAGAAAUGGUUCAGGAGGCGGCGAAACCUGGAGAUCCCAACCGUGCUCCGGAAAUUCCAGGAGGCUUUCUGGCGAUUUUCAUUCUAUCUGACAUCCUCCAUUGUUGGAUUUAUAUUUCUGUAUGAUAAACCCUGGUUUUACGACAUCUGGCAGACGUGGGUUGGUUAUCCGUUUCAGACCUUGCUGCCAUCCCAGUACUGGUACUACAUGGCCGAGAUCGGCUUUUACUGGUCUCUGAUAUUUACCCUGGGCAUUGACAUCAAGCGGAAGGAUUUCAUGGCUCACGUCGUUCAUCACCUGGCAGCCAUUGGGCUGAUGAGCGGCUCUUGGUGCGGCAAUUACGUGCGGCUUGGAACUCUGGUGAUGUUCGUGCACGACACUGCCGAUUUCUGGCUCGAGGCAGCCAAAAUGUUUAAUUAUGCUCGCUGGGAGAAAACUUGCAACAUACUGUUCAUCAUCUUCUCUAUUGCAUUCUUCAUCACCAGGAUGAUCCUGUUCCCCUUCUGGAUUCUUCGUGCCACACUAUAUCUGCCUACCUACUACUCCACCACUCCUGUCAUAGCAUAUUUUUUAUUCAAUGGGAUGCUAUUAACCCUCCAAGGCUUGCAUUUAUAUUGGGGUUACUUAAUUUUCAAGAUUUUGAAAAGGUUCGUUUUCCUAAAGGACUUGAAAGAUGAUCGGAGUGAUGAAGAGGAGGAAGAUUCUCUUACAGACACUGAAGAGGAGUCCACAAAGAGUGGCACCAAGAACAGCAGUGGGUCAAGCAAACACCUCCUGAGCAGCAGUCACCACUAGCCCUGUCCUGCCUCACCUCCUGCAGCGAUUCCUGCUCUGGUUUCAGCCCAACCUACAGGACAGGAUUUAAGUCAAAAGGCUUGUG